AUGAGCUCCAAACCGGAAGGCAGCAUGCUCUGGGGUGGCCGCUUCACCGGCGGCUUGGACCCUCUGAUGGUCAAGUACAACGAGAGCAUCUACUUUGACCGGGUCAUGUACAAGCAGGACAUCCAUGGUAGCAUCGCCUUUGCGCGUGCCAAUGCCAAGUCAGGAAUCAUCUCCGAGGACGAGUUUUCCCAGAUCGAAAAGGGCCUCCGCGCUGUGCAGAAGGAGUGGGAGGAAGAUAGGUUUGAGAUUGUACCCGGGGUUGACGAGGACAUCCACACUGCCAACGAGCGUCGACUGGGCGAGAUCAUCGGCAAGAACGUGGCUGGCAAGCUGCACACCGGACGCAGCCGCAACGAGCAGGUGGUAUGCGACAUGCGCAUGUGGCUGCGCGACGAGCUUCGUAAGAUUGAGUCACAUCUCAAGGCCUUCUUGGGGGUGAUUGCGGCCCGCGCCGAGAGUGAGAUCGAGUACGUGAUGCCCGGGUACACGCACCUGCAGCGUGCGCAGCCCGUCCGCUGGAGCCACUGGAUGCUGUCGUACGGCCUCGCGCUGGCGAGCGACCUGGAGCGUCUGCGCGAGGUGAUCAAGCGCGUGAACCGCAACCCGCUCGGCUGCGGCGCCCUGGCCGGCAACCCAUUCGGCAUCGACCGCGACAUGAUGUCGGAGGAGCUCGGGUUCGAGGGCCUCUUGUGGAACUCGAUGGGCGGCGUUUCGGACCGCGACUUUGUGACGGAGACGCUGCAGUGGGGUGGCAUGCUGAUGCAGCACAUCUCGCGGUGGGCCGAGGACCUGAUCAUCUACUCGUCGGCCGAGUACGGUUUCGUGCGCCUGGCCGACGCCUACUCGACGGGGAGCUCGCUGAUGCCGCAGAAGAAGAACCCUGACAGCCUGGAGCUGCUGAGGGGCAAGAGCGGCCGCGCCUUUGGGCACAUGGCCGGCUUUAUGAUGACGCAAAAGGGCCUGCCCAGCACAUACAACAAAGACCUCCAGGAGAGCGUGGAGCCCAUGCUGGACCACGUCAAGACGGUGUCGGACAGCAUCCAGAUCGCCAACGGCGUGCUGUCGACGCUCAACGUGGUCCCCGCCAAGAUGAAGGCCGCGCUCGACCCCUUCAUGCUCGCCACCGACGUCGCCGACUACCUCGUCCGCAAGGGCGUGCCCUUCCGUGAGACCCACCAUAUCUCGGGCCGCUGCGUCGCCAAGUCCGAGGAGACGGGCAUCCCCAUGAACGAGUUCUCCUUUGAGCAGAUGAAGGCCAUCGACAGCCGCUUCGAGGAGGACAUCUCCGAGGCCUUCAACUACGAGACUAGCGUGGAGAGGCGCUCUGCCAAGGGUGGAACAAGCAAGUCGAGCGUCCUAGAGCAGAUUGCUGUGCUCAAGGCCAUGCUGGAGUAG